GGUCUGUCUGGAAAGAUGAAGACUGUCUUGAUCCUAGCUGCUGUGGUGGCCCUGGCGGUGGCCGGUACUGUUCCGCCCAAAUCUGAAGUGGAGCUGAAAUCUGUUGACGCUCAGUUCAUCGAGCGACAAGAAAAAGUUCUCUUCCUUCUGGAGAGCAUAGGACAGUACAGAAAGGACGCUGACUGGUUCAAGCUUGGUUACGAAUACGAUGUCGAGGCUAAUAUUGAUAACUACACCGACAAGAAGGCCGUCGAGGAGUUCUUGCUGUACUACAAGAGCGGUUUCAUGCCCAAAUACAAGACUUUCUCCGUCGUCUACGAUGAGAUGAGAGAGGAGGCCAUCGCUCUCUUCAAGCUCUUCUACUACGCCAAGGACUUCGAUACCUUCUACAAGACUGCCGCCUUCGCCCGCGUGCACAUCAACGAUGGCCAGUUCCUCUACGCCUACUACAUCGCUAUCUACCAACGCCCCGACACCCAGAGCUUUGUGCUCCCUGCUCCGUACGAGAUGUUCCCUCAGUACUUCGUCAACACCAAGACUCUCCUGAAGGCAUACCGUACCAAGAUGCAGAACGGCGACUUCGACCCCGCCUAUGCUGCUACCCAUGGCAUCACCCACGAGAACGGCAAAUACGUCUUCUACUCCAACUACACCAGCCCCUGGUUGACCGGCAGCGCUGAGGACAAGCUUUCCUACUUCACUGAGGACAUUGGCAUGAACUCCUACUACUACUACUUCCAGACGCUCUACCCCUUCUGGUGGGACAAGAGCAGCAUCGCUCACUUUGAAGAGAUGCGUGGAGACAUUUUCUACUUCAACUAUCAACAGCUUAUUGCUAAGUACUACCUGAACCGUCUCAGCAACGGACUUGGAGAGAUCCCUGAAUUCUCGUGGUACAAGCCCAUCAAGACCGGUUACUAUUGCCAGCUGUCCUCUUACUAUCCCUUCUUCUCGAGAAACGAAUACUACCAGAUCAGCACAGUUGACAAUGAUCAGGACAUUAACUACCUUACUACUUACGAGCAGUCUUUCUUGUACUACUUGGAGCAAGGCCACUUCAAGGCUUACAACCAAGAGAUUGACCUGCGCAACUCCAAGGCCAUCGACUUCGUCGCCAAGUACUGGUUCACCACCGUCGACCUGUACGAGAAGCUGCCCAAGAACUACGAACGUUUCUACGAGAUCAUCGGUCUUCACCUCCUCGCCGGCACUCCUGAGCCAGUAGACAAAUACACCAUCUUCCCCAGCGCUCUGGAGCUUUACCAGACCUCUCUGCGUGACCCCGUCUUCUACCAGUUCUACGCUCGCAUCCUGAACUACGUCCUCCAAUGGAAAGAGUACCUGGAACCCUACAGCUACAGCCAGCUCCACUUCGAGGGAGUCAAGAUCAGCGACGUUAAGACCGACAAACUGGUCACCUUCUUCGAGCCCUACGACUUUGACAUCACCAACGACAUUUUCCACAGCGUUGAGGAGUUCAAGGCUAACGACCCUACCCUCUACACCGUCCGUCAGCCCCGUCUCAACCACAAGCCUUUCACCGUCACCGUUGAUGUCAAGUCUGACGUCGCCACCGACGCCGUGAUCAAGUUCUUCCUGGGUCCCAAAUACGACAGCAAUGGCUAUCCUCUUAGCAUUGAAGACAACUGGAUGAACUUCGUUGAGCUUGACUGGUUCGUGCACAAGCUGACUGUUGGACAGAACAAGAUCGAGCGCCGCUCCAUCGACUUCGCCCUGUUCAAGGAGGACUCCGUGUCUGUGGCUGAGCUCAUGAAAUACUUCAAACAAGGAAAGGUUCCUCUUGAUAUGUCUGAGAGGUUCUUCUACCAGCCCCAGAGAAUGAUGCUGCCUAAGGGUUCCAAGGGUGGCUUCCCCUUCCAGUUGUACGUCGUCGUCUACCCCUACACUCCUCUGCCCAAGGAGAUGGAAGAGUACAAGACUUACUUCCCCGACAUGAAGCCCAUGUCUUAUCCCUUCGACCGCCCCGUGGUCGAGACUUACUUCAAGCAGCCCAACAUCUACAACGAGGAUGUGCUCAUCUACCACGAGGGAGAAGAGAACGCCAAUUUAUACAACGUUAAGGAGUACUACCCUAACUACAAGAACCAAGUGCCUAAGAAUUAAUAGAGAUAAACUGUCCAAGGUGUGCUA